AUGUCGGCACCGAAGAAGGGCAAGCAUGUGCCGAACGCCUGGGACGAUGACGACUGGGAGGUGCUCGCCGAUCGUGCCGAGAAGGAGCCCACCAGCGAUCCUCAACCCCCGGUCCGCUUGACGAAAACGGAACGACUUGCCCAGCACCACGAGUCCAAUCCUCGCUCCCUAACCCAUGAUUUACUGUCCUUCCAUUUCGCCCCGAGAAUCAGAGACGCGCCAGAGCCCCAGUAUUUCCUUGAGACGGGCGCCAAUCUACCGCUAGCCACGGCGUACAAGACCCAGGUCAAGGUCCUCUCGCGCAAACCCGUCAUCGCGAGGCGGGACCCCACCGGCGCGCUGGCCAACCUGGCCAUCCGCGACGACCAGGACGACCGCAAGGAGGAAAAGGAAGUCAAGAUGACGCCAGAGGAGCGCAUGGCCCUCGAGAAGAGCAUGCUCGAGGAGAAGCAGAGGGCCUACGACGAAGCCCGGCGGCGCAUCUUUGGCGACGAGCCCGCGCAGGAGGAGCAGGUCGUUAAGCCGCCAUCUCGGGCCGACGGGCCUCUCCGAGGGGAUCGUACAGGGGAGGGGUAG